GGGAAUAGAGAAACGUUUCAUUAUUAUUAUAAACGAAAAGGAAACGUUUCGAAACGAGCGGGAACGGAGAUUUUUAUCUCGACCUGACGCUUGUCUAUCUUGCCUCAUCACUGACAGGAAUUCACAGUCGAUGUUUUCAGCGCCAGGUGUAAUAUUUCCGCCAGAAAAUUGAGUCUUCCCUUUCCCUCUGGAAGCUGACACGUAUCAGAUUCCAUGCACUAUUCGGACAUUUUAACUCCGUUCCAUUCCGUCGUUCUGUCAGCUUUUCGGUCCCGCUGUUUUCUUCGGCCCGCGGCGUCGUCUCCGGUUUGGAGGAAAUUUAAUUAGGUAGAUAAAAUGGCAUUUCUCGUCGGACUAAGACGGCACUGUUCAAUUACGUUACCUGUACUUCGAUCGAAUGAUAGCUACUCAUGGUGCCAUCUAUUGAAUCCAAAUUAUGGAACCCAGUGGUUCAGUAGCCGUAGUGGAUCGAACGCGACUGAGUUCCCGGCAGAGAACGCAUACGAGAUCUUGGGAGUUUCCGAGACAAGUUCAUUCGCUGAAAUUAAAGCAUCGUUUCACAAGCUCGCCAAAGAAACUCACCCGGACCUUGCGGAGUCAAAGGAUGAUUCGUCUUCCUCGAAACGUUUCAUUCAAAUCCUUGCUGCGUAUGAGAUUCUUUCAGAUUCUGAGAAGAGGACAUGCUAUGAUAUCUAUCUGUUAUCUCAGAGAAAGAUUAUGCAGAAACCUUCUGGCCAUUGUUCGACUUUGCACAUAUACAAAUCCCAUGCAACUAUAGAUAAGCAUAUGGAAGUUGUUGAAUGGUUAAAGUGGUACAGAGUUGCUAUAAAUGACAUAUUGGCAGAGAAGAAGGUAGUGGUUGGAACAAGAUAUCUUGAUGUACUUGAGGCAGAUUUUUAUUCAGCCAUACAUGCAGCAUAUUACGGUCCAGUAAUAGAAUCAAUGGACCUUCUUCCUGAUCGUUUUGAAGCUGAGGAGAGGUCUGUGUGUGAAACAACAGAGGUACUGCACUUGGUUUCGGGACAAGAUCUUUUUGGGAUGGUCUGCCUGGUGGACAAUGUUCCUGAAUUAUCUUCUUCCCGGAAUGAUAAAUUGACUUUUUUUUCCUCUUUGAGUUCAGACUUGUGUCAGUCAAUUGAAAAAGCAAGUUCUUGCCCUGAAUCUGAUGGAGCAAGUGAUUUUCAAGUUUCUCGGAUGCAAGGUUUGAGUAUUAAAAGUCAUGUUUCAGAUGCAUAUAAAGAUUUGGAAUUGCAUUUGUGUGGAAAGGUGGUUGCUAUGGCCACUAGAGUUCCCCCUAAAAGCUGUCAUCAUGGGAUAACAAAUGAGGAUGAUCUAGACCAUAUACAUGUUUUUCUUAAUUCUGGUGAAAAUUCUGUUCAUUUUGGUAGGUUGUAUUCUAAUUAUCCUUCAUCAGAUGGACUUAGAUCAAAGAUUCCACUCGGAACUAUAAGUGGAUUAGGGACCAGUCCUGAGGAGGGAUCAUGUUUCAUCUAUGACAUCAGUGGUACAAAAACCCAUGUGAUAAUGAAACACAGAACAUUGAUGGUGAAGCAUAUGCACUGGUAUCGAAUGGUAGAUGAUGUUUGUGUAUGUGAGUGUAGAUGCAGUAGAGCCCGGCUACCACCAAGCAAGUUUUGGUUGUUUGAGCCACGCUGUAGCUUACAUGAUAUAGGUGGUUGGUAUAUUGAGACAUUUGGCAGAGAUAAAAAAGGCCAGACAGUCCCAUCCCAAAGGUAUUGGGAUGGGGUUGAUGCAGGUGCAAAAUUUGAUGAGAGACUACAUCCAGCAAUUUACUUGCUUGCUCUUGCUUACCGAACUCUAGAUCUUGAAUAUGCAAAAAGAAGGAAACAAGCAACUAGAGAUUUUAUUGAAGGAAAACUACUUAGGGUUCUUAGUUGGUGCAAGAAACUUGUUUAGAAGGAACCUCCUUUGAGGGCUUUAUGGCACACUACUUAUUGGCUCGCCAUCAAGAAAAAUAUUUUGAUCCUAUGGUUGAUGAAUUAGUUGUUUAUACUGUUCACCAUUUGAUGGGUUGAAAUCGUAUCCAAGCUAAGUUUUUCUUUGUGGAUGUAACGGAAGACAACACAAAGAACAAAUCAAACAAGGGGACCAUGCCAACUGGUCCAGAACUUGCAGCAGCCCGGGUUAAUCAAUACCAGCCAUAUCCAUCUCAAAAGCACCGGUUGCCUCCUGGUUGAUUAUAGAAGUUCACCAGAACACCUUAGAUCCUACAGCUGAGCGCAGAUUGAUGUUCAUAGCUUUUGAUAUAUCAUGGAGCUUCCAUAA